UUGUCUCCCCUCCCUUCCUCACUUCCUCGGUGAGUGGCCGUGGUCGUGUGCACUGGUCGUCCAUUAUAGCCCUUCGUUCUAGUUAUGGUCAUUUCAUCUUUGAGCAGGUCUUUAUGAAGUAAUUAUUCUGUGAUUCAAGAGGCAAUCAUGGUUCACUGGUUACUUAGUCUGUCAAUCCUGUACGUGUCCCUGUGUGUUGGUCUGGGUGUAGGCCCUCGCUUGCGGGAUGACCGGUGGGAAGAGGCGCCUCCCACGACCAACUACGAAUCAGGCGAUUCUGACGAAGAGACGUGGCCCUUGAAUAAUGAGGAGGGGAAGGGUACCGAUCCUGCGUCAAGUGUGAGAGCAGAUGUGGCGUUGCUGGAAGAACUGAGGACCAUCACGGAACUGAUCCUCCGUAACCAGAGGGAAGAAAAGGUUCCACCCCCGCUACCUCCAGUUGUACAUGACUGCUCAACACUUCGACAAGCGGGCCUAAAGGCCAGCGGAGUGUACACGCUGUUUCCCUUCACAUUUCCGGUGUUCUGCGACAUGGUGACGGACGGAGGCGGCUGGACGGUCAUCCAGAGAAGGAUUCCGAGGGACAUCCACGAGGACUCAACCGGCCGUGGGCAGACUACCGGCAGGGUUUCGGCGAACUGAGCGGCGAGUUCUGGCUCGGUCUCGAAGCGCUUCACCAACUCACGCUCAGUUCGGACUACGAAUUACGGGUCGAUAUGAUGGACUUUGAGUUCGGGUCCAAGUAUGCGGUUUACGGGGUGUUCCGUGUGGGACCAGAGAGCGAUGGCUACCGUUUGACCGCCACGCACUACUCAGGCAAUGCAGGCGAUGCUCUGUCGGUAUUUCACUCUGGCAGGAAGUUCUCGACGUUCGACCGCGAUCAGGUGAGAUGCGCCAGUUCCGAAUGUCU